AUGUCCCCGGCAAUCCUCGGCGUCCCUUUCUUGCUCCUCCUGCUGGGACUCGGAAGCGUUGCGCAGGACGACAGCCCUGGAGGUAAUAACAAAGGCUGCGUUUGUGGCUAUCCCGGCAUCCCUGGGGACCCGGGGCACAACGGGGCACCUGGAAGGGAUGGCAGGGACGGACUCCAAGGCGAGAAAGGAGACACGGGUGGACUUGGUGCAACAGGACUGGCGGGAAAGGAUGGACCAAAGGGAGAAACAGGGGAACCUGGCCCACCUGGUCCAGCAGGGCUAAAGGGGAGAAGAGGGGACAACGGAGACCCAGGACCCACAGGGAACAUGGGGCCCAAAGGUGUUGAAGGGCCGAUCGGUCUGAAGGGAAAUAAAGGCGAGCUUGGGUUACCCGGAUCCCAAGGGCCCAAAGGUGAAGAGGGAUUUUCUGGGCCGCAAGGUCCGAAAGGGGAAACUGGCCUUCGCGGGGACCGAGGCAUCCAGGGGCCGAUGGGUCCUCCGGGCAGGCAGGGGAUUAAAGGGGAGGUGGGCGCUCUAGGCCCCAAAGGAGGCGUUGGAAACAGGGGGGACCGAGGGUCUCGGGGAGACAAGGGGGACAAAGGCGAGAAGGGAGAUGCUUUUGUCAUCUCCAAAAGCGCUUUCUCCGUCGGACUUACCGCGCAGAGCAAACUACCGUCUACAAAUACACCCAUCCGGUUUGACAGGAUUAUUUACAACCAACAAAAUCAUUACGAUCCCCAAACUGGAAGGUUUACAUGCUUGGAGGCUGGUGCCUACUUCUUCACCUAUCACAUCACGGUGUUCUCCAGGAAUGUGAAGGUGGCCCUGGUGAAGAACGGUGCCAAGAUGCUCCACACCGCAGACAGCUACCAGAGUGCUGAGGAUCAGGCAGCUGGGGGUGCUGUGCUGCACCUGGAGCCCGGGGACAAGGUGUGGCUCCAAGUCGUCGGAGGUGAGCUCUUUAACGGGCUCUACGCUGACGAAGAUGACGACACCACAUUCUCUGGGUUCCUUAUUUUUGGGGCCUGA